CCCGUGGGUCACACCCCGGGGGGGGGGUUCCAUGGGUCCCACCCCGCGGAGGUUCCAUGGGUGACACCCCGUGGGUCACACCCGCGGGGGUUCCGUGGGUCACACCCCGUGGGGAGGCAAUGGGGUGAUUCCCUGUGGGUCCCACCCGUGGGUCACACCCGUGGGGGGGUUCCGUGGGUUCCACCCCUGGGGGUUCCGUGGGUCACACCCCGUGGGGAGGCAAUGGGGGAUUCCAUGGGUCCCAGCCGUGGGUCACACCCGUGGGUCCCACCCCGUGGGGGUUCCGUGGGUCACACCCCGUGGGGGGGCAAUGCGGGGAUUCCAUGGGUCACACCCCGGGUGGGUUCCGUGGGUCACACCCCGUGGGGGGGGCAAUGCGGGGAUUCCAUGGGUCACACCCCGGGUGGGUUCCGUGGGUCACACCCCGUGGGGGGGGCAAUGCGGGGAUUCCAUGGGUCACACCCCGGGUGGGUUCCGUGGGUCACACCCCGGGAUGGGUUCCAUGGGUGACACCCCGUGGGUCCCACCCGUGGGUCCCACCCCGCGGGGCCCCGGUCCCGGCGGGGCCGCGGCCCCACCUCACUUCCUGCAGGAAGCUCCGGCAGCGCCGGGGCCGCGCUUUGUGUCCGCCCGGGAACGCCUUUUUCCGGCCUGCCCGGCGCCCCCCGCCCCAAAACGCCCCCAAACACCCCAAAACCGCCGAGCCCGCCCCCGGCCCCGCCCCCCCCCGUUUCCUGGACCGUUUCUCCAGCGCGGAAACAGGACGAGACCCUCCCGCGAGCAGGAUGGAGCCGGAGGAGGGUUUUAAUGGGCCCCCCUGCACCGGGGCCCGCGGCCCCUCGGCCGCCGCCAUCAUCGGCGCCGAGGACGAGGACUUCGAGAACGACAUCGAGCCCACCCCCGAGGAGCAGAACAGCCACUUCCAGAGCCUGGAGCUGCUGCGGCAGCACCCGCUGUCCCUCAUGGCCUUCCUGCAGCACGUCGUGCUCCAGUUCGACUCCUGCCCCGUGCUCUGCUACCUGCACGUGGACAUGAUGCGGAGGAUGAACCCCAAGGAGGGCAAGAAGCAAUUCCUGGAAUUCUGCCACUUGUUCCUGGACAAGGCGGGGCUCCUGCGGGUGCCCAUCCCACACCACGUCCAGUUUGAACUGGAACGGACCCGCCCGGAGCUGCUGUCGGAGGAGACCCAGCGGCGAUUCCUGCAGGACAUCCAGAACUUCCAGGAGCCGGAGAUUUCCCGGCAGCUGGAAGACUUCAGGUCGAAGCGGCUGAUGGGGAUGACGCCGGGGGAGCAGGAGCUGUCGGAGCUGGAGUGGAGCCGCGCCCGGGAUCCCUCGGGAUGCGAGUCCAGGGAGAAGCAGCUGGCCGAGCAGCUGCUGGCCCGGCUGGAGGAGAUGCACCUCACCAUCUCAUCCGACGAGGAGAAAAGCUCCCUCAUCUUCGGCGCCGUCGUCGCCUACAUGAAAUUCCUGGGGGUCAGAGCCAAGGGGGGCGACACCAAAAAGUCCAAAUCCAACUUUUUCCGCAAGAAGAUUUCCAGCAAGGAGCCCCAAAAGGCCCGGAAGGGCUUCAGCCUCCCCGGAGCGGCUCUUUGGGGUCGCGACGCCCACAGUGCUGAGUGCAGGCAAAGCAAAGGCCCCGAGGGCGAAGCCGAAAAGCCCCCCCACGCCGAGCGGAGGGGCCCGCGGGGGGGCCCCGAGCGCCUUGAGGGGGGGUCUUCCCGCCCCCCCCGCGGCGGGGGGGGCACAGCCGGGACCCCCGACCCCCCCCCGGGCCCCCCCGCCGCCGUCGCCCCCCCGGGCGGGGACAGCGCCGAGGCCGAAGCAGGUGAGGGUGGACCCCCCCCGGGACCCUCGGAAUUGGGGGACCCCCUCCCGGAGCCCCCCCCGGGAGAGCAGCACCCGGCAGAGGAGGGGGCUGAGAGUGAGAGACGCCGCCUCAGGAUCCCCGGGAGGUUGGGGCGCUCUGAGAGCCUGCGGGUGCCCGAGCGACGCCGCUCCCAAAAACUGGGGGGGGGUCGGCAGCCCCCCCCCCGCUCCCGCAGCAACGCCGACCUGCAGGGACCCCCCCCCACCCUGGAGCCGGGGGGACCCGGCGGCGGGGACCCCCCGCCCUUUCCGGCUCGGCAGCCUGAGGAGGCUGUGCCGCCGCGCCUGGAGCCGGAGCUGCUGGAGCAGGAGCCGCCGGCCUGGCGGGAGCUCGCGGCCCCCGAGGCGCUCCUCAGGCUGCCCCAGCGCGAGGUGCGGCGCCAGGAGGUCCUCAACG